GUCCAGUGUUUAAAAUAAAAACAAAUAAUCAGAACCCUAAUCUUGUUCUUAUCUCAAAAUUUCUAAGUGUUCAAAAUGUCUAAGUUUUUCCAAAUUUUCUAUUUAUUUUUAAUUGUUUUGGUGUGUUGUUCAGUGGUGACUUCAGCUCCCACUUCAAGUCUAGCUGAAGCUGAGGAUUUAGAUACGGGUACUGCAGCUGUUGCCGAAAAGGAUUCUGAAUCUGAUUUAGAAGGUUCUUCUUCAUAUGGUUAUGGCUUUUAUUCAUCACCAUAUUUUGGUGGCCAUUACGGUGGUUAUGGUGGUUAUUAUCCUUAUAUGGCGGGUUAUGGUGGUUUAGGGGGAUACUAUGGUUUGGGUUAUCCCUACUAUGGUGGUUACUAUGGUUAUCAUGGUCUACACGGUCACUACUACUAGAUCACACAUUCCAUACCCUGAACAACAAAAUAGAGUACACAUCUAAAUAAUUUUAAGUAUCUCAAAUUUAAGAAUUUUAAUUAUUAUAUAAGACAUUCUUAAAUAUCAGUAUAAUUAAGCUAUUAAUUGUUUAUUUGUUUUCUUUUUCUUUCUGAUUUAAAAAAGUCUUCUUAAAACAGCAUUAUUUUCAUUAAAACCGUUAAAAAAGAGUCAUUAAAAUCAUGUACCAGUUUCAUUUACUCAAAAUAUAUGAAGGUUUUUUUGUAUUAAGACAGUUUUUAAUUUAACCCAAAAAUAACAUUUAUUCAGUAACAAUA